UCAGAAAGUUUGCAUCAACUCAGAAACACGUUCGUGUCUGGGGACACAGCCAUAGAUCUGCUGCUGAGCUCCAUUGUGGAUACAGAUCUGCCCCCCUCCUCCCAUCACUUGGAGAAGAAGACUUUUCUUGCUUAUAGGUGCUGGUUUCCCUAGAGAUUUGCUAGGGACAGGCUCUUUCUCUUCAUAGUGUUGGUAGAAGAUGAUGCAGGAAGAGUCAAGCUCUCCAGUCUCCCCUGUGGACAGCUUGAGCAACAGUGAAGAAGAGCUUGACAGCAGGCAGCAGAACAAGAGGGGAUGCAGGAAAAGGAGAUCCAGUAGGAAGAACCAAGAGGAUCCAGACAGCCCAACUUCAGUCAAGAGGAACAAGAAGGCCAGCAGCACAGGCAGCAGCCCACAGUCUUUUGAGGAGCUACAGACCCAAAGAGUCAUGGCUAAUGUCAGAGAACGCCAGAGAACCCAAUCCCUCAACGAAGCCUUUGCUGCCCUGCGCAAAAUCAUCCCCACCCUUCCCUCAGACAAACUCAGUAAAAUCCAAACCCUCAAACUGGCAUCCAGAUACAUUGAUUUCCUCUGCCAGGUUUUACAGAGCGAUGAGUUGGACUCCAAAAUGGCCAGCUGCAGUUAUGUGGCCCAUGAGAGGUUAAGCUAUGCCUUCUCAGUGUGGAGGAUGGAGGGAGCUUGGUCUAUGUCUGCAUCUCACUAACAAACAAGCUCACUCCAGGCUACAGACACAAUCAGAUGAGACUGUUUCUACAUGACAGAGGAAAUGCACAGUCUGGAGACUGAAGCUGGAUCCCUAUAAAAGCCAAAUAAACAUUCAGUGAGGAUUUCCAUGGAUUGCAGGAGAUGGUGCUAGCAGACUGAGGCAGGGCAUGGGGAGCACGGGGAGCACUUAUGGAGCAGAGGGCCAGGCCUGUACAGCAGUGACCACACAGCACACUGGUUGCAGGGUCACCACUAAAACUCUUACAUUCUGAUUCCAGUCUCAACAAUCUCUAAUCUGUAUUUUUGACGAAGAAUGUUGGAAUUUUCCUUAUUCCCCCCCCCCCCC